GGAGGCAGAACAUACAGCAGCUCUCAGCAUAUAGAGACACACCGGGCUCAGCUUAUUCAAAAGAGAGACCAAGAUGCUGUGCAGACUCCACCUUGCAGGCCCUCAGAGCCCCCUGCGAAGCCGAGGUUUAUGGCCCCGGACCGCUUCGCUCUUUGAAGAGCUGGAGCGUGAGAUGGACUCUAUGUGGGAGCUCUUGACCAGCAACUGGCGGCCCACGGCCAGCAGCAUGGUCAGUCAAGAAACUAUCCACCGCUUGGAGACACCAAGCACCAGUGACACCUUUGCAGUGACUCAAGAUAUGGCUGGAUUUGACCCCCAGGAACUGGUGGUGAAGCUGGUAGGGGAGAAAGUGGUUCUGACGGGCAGGAAGGCCAGUGAGAUGCCCAAUGGACCGUUCCGCUAUGAGAUCUUCCGCAGGGCGUGGGACGUGCCUCAGACCGUGGACCGAGAUCGGCUCAGCUGCUCCAUCUCCAGCGACGGCCAGCUCCGCAUCGAAGGUCCUGUGACGGAAUCGGCCAUGAGGACGGUGCCCAUUGCAGUCAACCGAGUGAGAAAUGAACCUCAGCCAGCAGCUGAAGAAUCCACACCCGCAGAAGAGAGCCGGGCUCAAGGAUGAAGGAGGCUGGAUGGAAGAGACUUUUUAAGAACUGCAUUGCUGGAAAGCAUGAAGAAAUGUGCUAAUAAAUAUUUUAGAUAUGGAAUUAAACGCCCUGGGGGGCUAAUCAAAUGAACUGGUGGGGGGAAAGAGGGGGGUGGAUAGCAGGCUUGGAGAGAAUUGUUUCAUUUACUAGAAUUGUCAUGGAAAGAAUUUGUGAUGAAGAAUAAUUAAAGGUGGAAUUAAGUGAUGUGUAGAAGUUGGUCAGUCUUGGUAAAAGGGUUUUGGAAAGAAUGGCUCUCAGUCCAAUAUUUAUAUUUUUGCUGCUCAGUUAAAAGUUUGUCAGCUUUUUCUUUUUUAAAAAAAGUUUUUUUUAAUCAGCUUUGUAAACAGUUUUAUCUCCUGAAUCGACCAGUCUCAUUUAAUUUAAUUUGCUUUUGGGAUAAGAACCUGCUAAGAAAGUCUUUAUAGAAUGCAGAUGGGAAGAAGUCAAAAAGGGGUUUACUUUAGUUAUUGAGAAGAAAAAAAUCAGAAUUGUCUCAUUGCUUUCGCCCAACAUCUUUCCUUUGCCAACAUAGACAAUACAGUACUGAAGCAGUUAGCAAUGGAUAAGAUUUCCCUGAAGGGUAAAUUGAGAAACAGAUUUAUACCACAAAUUUGAACCUUAGGUGUCAGAUGAAUAUUGGAGAUUGUCUGAAUGUAAAGUGGGGAUUCUCUGUAUGUUUAAGCAGGACUUUGCUAAGGGGAAUCCAUUUCCUGAAAAAGCAAAUAAAUAAAUAUAUAUAUUUCUCUU